AUGGCAUGGCCUGGUGAGGAUGCGGACCACGAGCUCCGCCAAGCUUGCGAGUCUGGCGGUGUCCGCUUUGCCCGUGACUGGCAGGAAUUGCCUGUGCAAGCUGAACCCGAGGAACCCGUCGUACCGGCUGAGCCGCAAGAGUUGGUUCUGUUGUGUUGCGAGCGCUACAUCGACAUCAACAUUGCAGCUGCCAGCCGGCGCAUGACAUGGGCUCCCGUUGAGCGGUUUGAAAGCGGUCGCAAUGGUUGUCGUGUUCAUUCCGGCUGGUUGGGUAAUUGGGUGUGUAACACUUGUGGUCGUACCUUCACACAAGACGAUGACUGCUUGGCGGCAUUGCUUGCCAUGUUGAAAACCGCGGUUAUUUUGCAGGUCGUCGAUGCAUGGACGCAUGCGAUCCCUUGGUUUGCAGCUGCGUGUGCGUAUUUGCGUGACCAGACUUGUGAGCUUACCUUUGUGGCGCAGGCGUACGCAGAGCUUUUGCAAAUUUCAUACCAGCAGGAUCCUGCCCUGGUACAAACGUUCAGUCAGAGCAGCGACGCCGCGGCUGCGCAACAUCUCACAGUGCUGUCUACGGAGUCGUCAGAUUGUGAUGUUUCUCUGUCCGUUGUGGUGCCGGGAGUUGUCGACGCACGGGGCUUGCAGUUCCUUCAGGAUAUCGGCGUUGAAACUGCUUCUGAUCUAGCGAAUUUAUGGACGUCCGAAUAUCAAAUUCUGGAGGCCGCCAGUGUGCAAGAGAGAAUACGGCUGGAAAACCUGCCGCUGCUACAUUGGUGCAUGCUCCGAAAGUUCCGCAUUAAGCCAGCAGUCGUGGCGAACCCACUGCAAGUAGCUGACAAGCGGGCUCAGCUCCUUGACCUUAUGUUCGAGCUCGCAUUGGCGCCAGGCUCUGAGAACAUUGUCUCUGGGAAGGAUUUAGUGGCAUAUCAGCUUGAAGCGAAACCCAUCUUUGAGAGGAAGUUGCAAACAGUGCAAACUGAUGCACUGGAUGCCCACAAGCGUGCCCUGAAGCGCUGGAUCGCAUACCAUGCUCAGCAUUGCCCCGCGGAGAUGCCGUAUUGGCGUCCUGAAGCCAUGCACUUGUCUGCCUUUCUCCAGCAUGUCAGUUCAGGGGGUCCCACAGCAGCAGCUGGAGUGUACAUGUCCCUAAAGUGGCUGAGAGGGAAAAUAGGAUUGCCGUUGCCCGUGCAGGACGCCUUGGUCCAGCAAUGGUCCAUUGUGGACCUGAACCAUUGCUGCAAGCCGCAGCUGCCUUUACCAGUGAAGGCGUUUGUUGCCUUGCUCAGGGCAGCUCCGGCCCUGAAGGGCCGUCUGAAGUCAGCAGCGGCCUGGACGUUUUUGCUCCUGGCUGCAUGCUUGCGAUUCAAACAUGUGCAGCGCUCUUAUGAUCUGGUCAUAGAUGGUCAGUUGCUCAGAGGCACAUGUUUCAAAGGGAAGCGCCGUGUGGGUCAUGUUAGGCCGCCUUUCAGGUGGGCUUUGCCUGCUAGGAUAGCGGGGUUUGACCUCGGACAGCAGCUCCUGGUUGAUUGGAACGAGCGUCUGCGAGAGGAGCCAGGUGCUAGAUACAUCAUUCCUGAUCUGGACUUUGGGUUGCGCCAUCCCCUGCAGCCGUCUACAUGUACGAAACCGGGACAAAUGAGCAUUGCUAAGUUCGCUACGAUGGCUCAGGCAUUGCUGCAAGCUGUGUGCCCGCAGCUGGUGGAAGGUGUGCAAAUAACCUCGUACUCCUUUCGACGCUUCCUGCCCACAGCAGCUGAUUCGCUCCUGUUACCGGGAGAUCUAAGGGAUGCCAUCGGAGGGUGGACCGAGAAACCAAGCACUGCUUCGGAGGCUGUUGGCAAGCGUAAACAGCCGGCGGCGCAUGCUAUGGCAGUCCGUUAUGCCCAUGAUAAUGCAGCGUCGGCAGGGCAUGUCAAGCGCCAGGUUAUUGUCGCUUUGCUCAUGGCUUGCCGGAACAUGCCUAAAUCCCAUUCCCCGGACUGGUCUUCGUUGAAUCAGUAUGCGCCUGAAUGGUCCGAGGUUGAAGCAGCUUGCCAGCUGAGUGAGCCCAACGAAGUUGUACCUCAUGCUGUUUCGAGCCCCAAAGACCGUAGCCCCAGUCGGGAGGACAUGGAUUCAAAGCAAUCGUCAUCUUCGUCUUCUUCUGACACUGACACAGACGGUGAACAAUUGCAGGAGGUGACCGACUCUUGGUUUCGCCAGCGGAUUGGGGGCCUCGCACACUUAGUGCAAGGGUCCGAAAAUGGCCGGUUCAUACCUUGGUGUCGUGAUCUGGCAUUCGAUGCCCCGCAUGCCGAAAGGGGGCAGGGGCUAGAAGAUGCGGAAACGAUUUGUAAGAAGUGCAUGGCCAGAGCGCCGCUGGCCUCCCGUCAGGCGUUGCGAAGGCUCUGUGAUGGAGGCCUACCUUAG